UGUGUCGUCGUUUCAAAACAGCCAAGAUGUCGGCGCUGAGGGCGAGCGGCGUGAAGACGGCGGCGGCGGCUCUCCUGAAGCCCCGCCUGGGCGCCGAGCAGGCCUUGCCGGCCGCUGAAUAUCACAAGAAGGUUGUAGAUCACUAUGAGAACCCUAGAAAUGUUGGUUCUCUGGACAAGACUGCCAAGAAUGUUGGGACUGGCCUUGUGGGAGCUCCAGCUUGUGGAGAUGUCAUGAAACUGCAAGUUGAAGUGGAUGAAGAAGGAAAAAUAGUUGAUGCCCGGUUUAAGACAUUCGGCUGUGGGUCAGCAAUCGCUUCGAGUUCCUUGGCUACCGAAUGGGUGAAAGGGAAGACGGUUGAUGAAGCCUUGAAGAUCAGAAACACAGACAUUGCUAAAGAGCUCUGCCUUCCUCCGGUCAAGCUUCACUGCUCCAUGCUGGCCGAAGAUGCCAUCAAGGCUGCCUUAGCAGAUUACAAACUGAAACAAAACCCAGAGAGCAGCCAGGCAGAGAAGGAUACCGCCAGCGGGUAGCAGGAGCCCUUCGUGGCAAAGCUGAC